AUGAGCCAAGCAAAAGGCGGCAGGCGGAGGAGAUCGAGCAGCAUCAUAUACCAGGAACCCCCGGAGUCAAAUGAGCAGAUGAGCGACCAGGCAGCAUUGCCGAACCUCAAUGCCAACUGGGUGAAUGCCAAGGGAGCUUGGACGAUCCAUUUUGUUCUGAUAGCUGCGCUGAAAAUCUUCUACGAUAUCAUUCCGGGCGUAUCUCAGGAGACGUCAUGGACGCUCACCAACAUCACCUAUAUGUUCGUCACCUUUAUCAUGUUCCACUGGGUGCGGGGGAUUCCUUUUGAGUUCAAUGCUGGCGCCUACGAUAACCUGAAUAUGUGGGAACAAAUCGACAACGGCGAUCAAUACACCCCUUCAAAAAAAUUCUUGCUCAGCGUGCCUAUCAUUCUGUUUCUGCUCAGCACUCACUACACACACUACGACUUGACCUAUUUCCUCAUCAAUUUCCUAGCAACAUUAGGCGUUGUUAUACCCAAGUUACCAAUCUCUCAUCGUAUGCGGAUAGGGCUCUUCUCGGAGCUGCCGGAUGACUCGUAG